AUGGCUGAGAGUUAUAGCGGCUUUUACACAAUGCACUCCCUUCUUUACACCUUAGUCAGCAUAGGCGGCAUAACCAGCGUGCUCGCAUUGGAAGCACGGGUGGAUGGCGCAAUCUCAACAUUUGGCUCAGUUGGCGAAUUACCGCUACCUGGCCAGGGAAACCUCACCGAGUUUGAGGCUUCUCUGGCCAACAGCACCAAUGCGACGGGGACUUAUGCCAUCGCUGGUCCAAAUAUCUCGGACACCUUCUCCCCUACCAGUACGUUAGACGGCUGGUCAUGGUCCAUUACUCUGGCUGAAUUACCUGUGCCCGCCCGGUCGUCAUCCACCCCCAACGAUACCUACUUCACUGCUGGCCAGAUUAACUUAAAUGUGCCCUCAUCCCUUGUCGACUCCAAUGGCAAUGUCAUUGUUGAUGACAGUUGGCGCAUGUGCCUCUUCGGUUGGGACCUGAGUAAUAAUCCGUAUCCGAAGAAGCUACGAAGCGAUGACGGGACUUGUAGUAGCAUUCUGUCGGACGAGUGCGUUGCCGAUAUCAAGAAGAGUGUAGACGACAGCAUAAACUCAGCAGACGAACAAUGCGCCUGCCCCAAGAUUUCUGAGAUCCCGUCGUGCAGUAAGAUUGAGGAUGCUGCUAGCGUAUUCAACAACUCGUGCUACGCAAAGACGUUUGAUGCCAAGCGCAUCCGGGAAUUUAACAACAGCAAGACAGCCUGGGAAGCAUUCGGAAGCCUGGAGGGGUAUCAGAAGGGUAACGAGACCAUAUACAACGACCUCGGUAGCGUGGCUUGGCCUGUGAUUGCCAGCUUUGGGAGGAGCAAUGAAGUCAGUGGCGAGGUGCCUGAGAAGGGCUUGACGACAUUGUCGUGUGUACGCGCGGUAGAUGCUGCACCAGGGAGCAAGAUACCGGCUGGCGAUGAGAUAUCGAGCGGAAUGCGUCUAUCUGGCAACUGGCUGAUCGCGACGCUGACAAUGAUCGACGAGACGAGACUGACAUUUCCCCGGGGUGGCUAUCGCAACAGCGGCGGCGCAGUCUGUGUCGGUGGUCCGGCCUUUGUCAUGUGGGUGCAGCCGACAGACGAGGAGCUCUUCAAGAAGUACAACCCCGACCUGCAAAAGAAGAGCCUCGAGCGGCGUUACGAGAAGCAAAAAGACUUCGACGACUUCGUCGUCAGGUUGAAGGAGUAUUCCAAGUCUGACAAGCCGAUAUGGACGGUACAAGAAGAAGCCGCGCGAAAGCUCAGAGAAGAAAGCCUACGGCAAGAUUUCCAAAAUGCGGAGGAGGCGAAGGAAAGAGAGAAAGCGAUGAGGAGGGAGGCCGGAUUGCUAGAGGGCGCUGGGGGGUUAGAGGGCACGGGAAAGUCAAAGUUGACCAACAAUCCCGUGUUAUAG